AUGCCCACCGUGAUGACUAUGGAGGCCUUUGCUGACCCGAAGCGUGGCAAGAACAUGGGCAAGGCAAAGGAUGUGAAAGCUCCAUUUGGUCAGAGACGCUUUGCCAAAGGUCAGGACUAUGGCCGUCGCCAAGGUCAGGUUCGAGACUGGCAACGGCCUCGUCAAGAGAGGCGUGUCGAUUGGCAAAAGGGCUCAAAUGCUUUGCGGCAUUACCAAGAGCGAGGUGAGCAGGCUUUUGAGGCAGCAGCGCAGAUCCGCCAGCAUUUGCGUGGAUCACAAGUGCCCCAGGAUGCACCCCAAAUCCAGACUCCUCCAGAGCAGAUGGCGAUGCGAAAUCAAUGGGGAUGUGAAGGCUACAUGCAGCCAUCGCAGGAUUCCUAUAUGUGGACAUGGCCUAUGCAAUACCAGGAGUGGAUUUGGCCGGUGAUGCCAUCUCCAGCGCCACAAGCACAGGCUCCAAUUGUGUGCUCCCAAACCCAGGUCCAGCAGGUCCAGGCCUUCCACACAGCUGGGCAGAUUGCGCCCGAAUUGCAAGGAUUGACGCGAGAGCAGGUUGCUGCGGUGCUGAAAGAUGCUGCCAAGGGAUUGCGAUAUGAAGACUAG